AGAGAGGGUGGAGGAGGGCUUGCCUCAUGAGGGCAUAACGUCAGUGUGCGUGUGGGCUUCGUAUUUAUUUUUGCUUCAGAGUUGCUUUGUUUUAUAUCCGGAUAAAGCAAACACGUCUUGAUUUGAAAUGUAGCUUUAAGCGGACCUUUUCCUUCUAAAAUAAAUGGACACUGCAGUGAAAUCGGAGACUGGUGCUCCGCUUUCUCAUUCACAAGUGAGAUGAAUCGCUGAAACUGGCGUUAAAACUUCUGGACGGUCAGUGUUUUCAGCGAUGCCUCCGCAGGGAGGUGGAGAAUAUAAGCCUGUUCCAGGUACGGUUGUGCCGCCGGUACCCCCGAGGAGAUUCAGGAGCAGAGAUUUGUCAUCCGCGGUAAAGAUCCGCUUCGGGUCGGCAGCGGAGCGCAGGGUGAAUUGCGUGCUGGUUGGUGAUGGUGCAGUGGGUAAAACUAGUCUCAUUGUGAGCUAUACCACCAAUGGAUAUCCCACCGAGUAUGUUCCAACAGCGUUUGACAACUUUGCAGCGGUUGUAGCUGUGGACGGCAAGCCUGUGAAACUUCAGCUUUGUGACACAGCCGGUCAGGAUGAGUUUGACAAGCUCCGGCCGCUGUGUUACACCAAUGCUGACGUCUUCCUUCUCUGCUUCAGUGUGGUAAGUCCCUCCUCUUUCCAGAAUGUGAGGGAGAAGUGGGUGCCUGAGAUCCGCCAGCACUGUCUGAGAGCACCGAUACUGUUGGUGGGCACUCAGGCUGACCUCCGGCAAGACGUCAAAGUGCUCAUCCAGCUGGCCCAGUACAAGGAGCGGCCGGUGGACCCCCAGGAGGCCUGCGUGUGUGCUGAGGAAGUGCAGGCCAUCUCGUACAUGGAGUGUUCAGCACUCACCCAGAAGAACCUGAAGGAGGUGUUUGACACAGCUAUAGUGGCCAGCAUCCAGUACUCGGAUAGCCAGCAGCAGAAAAGACUGAAGAAGCGGACGCCCGAUAAAAUGAGGAAGCUCUCUGAGUCCUGGUGGAAGAAAUACUGCUGUUUGGCAUAGAUGUGAGAAUAUGAUUGCGUACUGUUGAUAUGAAUGCGGUUAGACUGGAACUGGCUUUUAUGGAUAGAAAUGGACACAGAUCCAUCUGCUUUAUGAGACCGUGUUAGUGGAUUAACUGGAGCACAUGUGGCCGUGAAAUUAAUCAGACAUUUUAGAAGAGAUCGGCCAGCUUUUGUGAUCUAAUGGAAAGAUUCAUAGAGACUCAAAGUUGUCCACUACAUUUUAGGAUCUGCUCUUUAUUUGGAAAGUCCCAAGUUAACCUCAAAUACUCAUGUGAACAAUUCAGGGCGAGAGUCAUCUGUCUUUCUUUACCUUAUCUUUUGUUGAAGAGGGUUUCAAGUGGAUGGUCGGUCUUAGCAAAACCAUAGCAUUUUAUUAGUGCUUACAUGAACAGAAUUGCUUGCCUUUGUUAUUCCUUCAUAUUGGGGGAGGAGGGAUCCAGAGCAAUUCAGUCUGAGAUACUCAAGUGCUCUUUCAUUUUAUCUGUCAAAUCAUUAAGUGUGAUGUCGAGUACAAGCAGAUGUUUGGACACACUAUCAGCUUGACAUCACUGACAUUUCCCUUGUUGUCCUCUGAGGCGGAAUGAUUGUCCAUUUCAGAAACAGCAGGACGCUGGCACAUCUCUCCAGGCUGUCUUGUUUACAUUUGGAGUUAAGUCCAGACCCAAACAUGCUGUGAGGUCAGGGUCUUUGAGUGCAAGUACACUUUGUAGGCCAGUUGGAUUGUAUAUCUGGUCAUUGAACCUGGAGCUUCAUCAAAAAGUGUUUUAAGUGAAGCAUUUCAUUGCUGUCAGUAGGAAUCUGAUUGAGUCGGAUGUUAUUGGGUAUUUAUAGGAAUAUACAGUAAUGUUCGUAAGUUUGGGGUUGGUAAGAUUUUUUUUUUUUUUGAUA